AUGUCACUGCAAGAUUUCAUGAAAAUAAUGCUUGAGAAAAAUUCAGAAAUCAAGAAAUUAAUUGUAGAUUUAACUCAGAGGGUGGAAAAGUUAGAGGCUAAGGAGUCAAAUAAGUUGCAUGCACAAACAGUAAUCAACCCGCAAAAUGUAAGUGUUAUUACUUUAAGAACGGGUAAGCAAGUACAAGGCCCUAAAGGAGCCCAAGAGGAUGAAGAUAAGAAUAAUAAAGAUGAACAAGUUGAUGACAAUGGAGGACCAAAUGAAGCAUCACCUGAGACUACCACUAAAAAAUCCAGGUUAGUACCUCCUAACUCUUCUUCUAAAAAUUCUUCUUCAUCUUAUUCUCCACCUACUCCAUAUCCUAAUUGGUUGAAGCUGAGAAACAAAAAAAUGGAGGAGAUAGACCAAGGGAUCUUGAAUACUUUCAAAAAGGUGGAGAUUAGCAUUCCCUUGCUAGAUGCUGUUAAGCAAAUCCCUAAAUACGCCAAGUUUUUGAAAGAAAUUUGCACAAAUAGAAGGCGUUUUGGGGAUAAUGAGACUACUGGUGUGGUCAUUCAACUGGCGAACCGUAGCACAGUUAACCCUGCAAGUGUGCUUGAGGACGUGCUUUUCCAAGUAGACAAGUUAAUUUUUCCUACAGAUUUUUAUAUCUUGGACGUGAAGGACGAAGAAGGAAUCAGUCCAAACACUAUUAUCUUGGGAAGACCCUUCAUGAUGACAACAUGA